AUGGAUGGUUGCGAGGAGAAGCCGCGCAAUCGAACCUUACUCUCAAGAGCUCUAGGAAUACGCAAAGAGCCCAGAGCACUCGAAUCCACUGCUAUCUGUACACAAUACUCGAAUCAGUACGGUUUUCUCGCCGUACCACUCAAAACUACAAACGAUGUGGACCUAGUGAAACCCUUGACGAUAUUUUUCACCACGCUAUUCAAAGGAUCGUCUCCAAAUGCACAAGUGUUGAGGGAAGCUAUUGAGGCCUUCAACCGGCUUCGCUCACGAGCAUGCUGCCAAAUGUCUCAAAACAACCAGUUACUAGCAAGUUCAUUGGCAGAAUACUACGAUCAACUGACAGUAUUUGAAAAGAGACUCGAGCAUUGUUCGGCCCAGCACCUCGAAGACGCGCAAAACUCGGUGUCAAACACAUUCCUCGAGCGAGCUUCAGUACUGUUUAACUACGGUGCUGUUCUUUCUGAAACGGCCGCUUCUCAAACGUUUCUUACCGAUGAUGAGACAAAAACCGCCGCAAAACUAUUCCAGCAAAGUGCAGGAGUGUUCGCUCAUCUACGAGAUUUAAUGCAGCUUUCGGUACCGAAGGGUUACACAACUGAUCUAAUGCCCAGUACAUUAAUGGCGUUGUCAAGUAUCAUGCUAGCACAGGCCCAGGAAGCUUUCUAUAGGAAGGCCUACUCAGAGAAAAUGAACCCGUCGGCUUUGGUCAAGAUUGCCGUACAGACCGGAGAUUUCUACUCAGAAGCCAGCAAGUUAAUGGAUAUUUCGAAGGGUUACUGGAAGAAGGACUGGUUAAACGUCAUUUCUGGGAAAGCAAUGGGAUUUCAAGCGAUUGCAGAGUUUCAUCAAGCACAGGUUCAUUGGGAACGUCACGAAGUCGGUGAACGUUUGGCCCGACUAAAACAUGCCUUUGAUCUUGUAGAAAAGAUGAAGAGACGUCUACAUCCGGCCUGCUUCCGAGAGCAAAUAUCGGAAAUCGAAAGCGCUCACAAAUCUGCCACAAGUGAUAAUCGUCUCAUUGUGGGUUGA